AUGUUUCGAAGCAGACUUUCAUUUCUGGUUUUGGUAGCGUUUGGCUUCGUCUUUUGGUAUACGGAUGCGGCAGUGUAUAAGAUGCCCCUGAGGAAACAUACCAGUCAGCGUAUUCAGAUGAUUCGCGAAGGUAAAUGGGCAGCAGAGUACCGCCGACAACAAGAAAUGAAGAAAUCGAUUGGACGGCAGUCCCAACGCCAUCCAGAGGUGUACGUCUACAAUGACUUCGAAUAUUCGGGCGCUAUCACGAUCGGUACCCCAGAGCAGCAGUUCAACGUUGCCCUUGAUACGGGCUCAGCAAUUCUCUGGGUACUUCAUGCGCAUUGUGAAAGAGUUUGGUGCCCCUUUUGGACAUCUAGAGAGAUUUGCGGGCCGAAGCAAAGGUUUCAAUCAUCCGCAUCAGUCACCUACAAACCAAUGCGAAGAUUAUGGAAAACACAAUAUGGAAUAGGUUAUGCGUUAGGGUUUCUCGGUGAAGACAUUGUUCGUAUCGGUGGAAAAGGAGGGCCUCAAAUAUGGAUACCGAAUACGGUAUUUGGUCAAGCGAUGAAAAUCAGUGACGCGUUCAAAGAUCUCGAAAUAGAUGGAAUUCUUGGUCUCGGAUUUCAAUCGACCGCUGCUGGGGAAUUUUUGCCACCGUUGGCCAACGCCUGGAAUCAAAGUUUUCUCGAUCAACCCGUUUUUACCGUUUGGCUUCAGCGAAUGUCAAAUAAAUCAACGAUACGUAUUGCGCUAAACUUAAAGGACAAUUUUCUUGGUGGAAUAUGCACUUGGGGUGGAGUGGACACUAACAACUGCAACAGUGAUGUCGUGUAUGAACCACUCUCGUCGGCCACCCAUUGGCAGUUCACUAUGAAAUCGAUCUCGUUAGGUACUUACCGUAGUGAUGCGCCAAGCUACGAGGUCCUGUCCGAUACUGGCUCAUCGUUCAUUGUAGGACCAUCCAUGUUGAUCAAUUCAAUAGUGAACGAACUUGGUGCGCGGUAUGAUGCAGAAAACGAUGUCUUCUUUUCCAAUUGUUCCGGACUCACCGAAAACAUCAAAAUAGAAAUUGGUGAUCAUAUAUAUGAAAUUGAACCGAUCAACUAUUUCUAUCAGAUAACUGAAAAUAUCUGCGUGCUGACGUUGUCGUCGAUGGACGGCACGGGAUUGGGACCACAAGUGGUCCUCGGUACUCCGUUCCUGCGCCAAUAUUGCCACGUCUACGAUUUCGGCAACAUGCAAAUUGGUUUUGCGAAGCCAAAAAUACAUCAAUAUUAA